AUGGAAGAAUUCUUAGAUUUCAUUGAGAAGUUGGAUCUCGAGGAACUGCUUGUUAUAGGGAGCAAGUUUACCUGGAGAAAAUCAGAUGGUAGUGUUUGUAGCAGGUUGGAUCGUAUUCUCAUUUCUUCAGGGUUAGUGAAUUCUUGGAACAUCAUUGGUGUCGAAAUAGGUCAUCGCGACAUUUCAGACCACUGCCUUGUAUGGUUGAAAUGUGAUUUCAUAGACUGGGGGCCUAAACCGUUUAGGUUCAUUCCUGGUUGGUUCGAGCAUAAAGAAUUCAAGUCGUUUAUUGAGAAAUAA